AUGCUCCCUCAACUUUUGACUAUAACUUUCGUGCUAAGUGCACAGCACGCCGUUGCACUGACAAACUCCUCUCGCUUGCCAGAACAGCUCUUCUUAGACAUCCCCACCAACGAUGUUCUUCAAAAUACGUCCAUGCUGCCAUUGGUGGAGUCUUGGUCUAGCAAAUACGUUGAAGCUAUCCAGAGCAAGAGAUAUGAGGGAGGUGUCCAGAACGGCAUCACCUUAGAUACAAAUGACACCAUCUUGGACAUCAUCAAGGAAGACGCAGCUGGCUACAAGGCUAAUGCACCUGUUCAAUACACCGAGGCUGUUGCCUUCUAUGCGAAUACUAGCAGUGACGACAACCACUCGGAUCUCAUCAAGGCCAUUGUGGAUGCAGCUCCGGAUGAAGACCUUGCCAAACGUGCUACGUUCAAGAUAAAUUGCGACGCCAACCACAAUCUCGCGUUCCAGUCAGACUGCCAGCAGCUAUUCGUAACAUGUUGAGAAGCAAGAUAAACAUAGGAGACACAAGGCUUGCCGCUAUUCAUGGUGGCUGCAGACUCAGAGUUGGACCC